UCCGCCGCCCCACCUCUGCCGGCCCGCCCUCGGCUCCCCACCGCGCCGAGGAAAGCUCCGGCACCCCCGCACCUGCGGUAGCUGACCUGCUCACCUCCAGCCACUGCCGCCGGGCCGCCUCGAUGCCGAAGAAGAGCAGCUGAGUGAACCUAGGGUGUUGUUAACACCUUGGAAGAGUGAGGACGGGACAAUCAAGGUACCACCAGAGCAAGAGCCCCCGGGGGCCAGUCAGAGGACUGAAUCUGGAACCAUCAGGGAACAUGAGUGAAUUUUGGCACAAACUGGGCUGCUGUGUGGUGGAGAAACCCCAGCCACAGAAGAAGAGAAGACGAAUUGACCGGACCAUGAUUGGAGAACCAAUGAAUUUUGUCCACCUGACUCACAUUGGCUCUGGGGAGAUGGGGGCUGGAGAUGGACUUGUGAUGACAGGUGCAGUUCAGGAGCAGAUGAGGUCCAAGGGAAACCGAGACAGGCCUUGGAGCAAUUCUAGGGGUUUGUAGUUCCAGUAGAAAACGGUUUUGAUGUCUUGAAGCUCCCAGUCUGUGUCCAGCCAGAAGAAAUGCUGCCCUCACCAGAUGCUUCCUAGAACCAGUGACCCAAGUGCCCCUCUUUUUCCCUAUUGGCCUAACAGUGCCUCAAAAGGCUUAGGGGGCUGGACUCCCUCUACUCCCUCUGGCUGUAUCCCCUCCUGGAGAUGGGGUCAAGGCAGCAGGACUGACCCAGUGACUACUAGUUGGCCAGAGAUGCUCAGCUGAAGCCCUGGACACCUCAGACCUGAGAUAGGAGUUCUUUGUGAACCUGGAAUGAGUUCCCUUCUCCUGAAUGAUGGUCUGAGUACCCUUUGUUUUUAAACUCUUAACCUGGAACUCCUUAAAUGGGGUAGGUAGGCGAGAUAACCAAAGCUGACACCAGCUUUGCCAAGAAACUCCCUCUCUCCCUGCCUUUCUCUUUCCUUUGGGAAUGGAUUAAAGCAGAUGUUGGGGGUGAGGGGUGACUGCUGCCUAGUCUACUUUUUAGAUUUCAGACCUUAAGCUCACAGCCCCUCAGUCUCGCUGCCAAUAUCAGGGUAUUUGUCUAGUUAAGCCUCUAAUCCUGUGUUUCUGUGGUAUUACUACCUUCGUAGCAACUUUUCUUUAAAAAAAAAAAAUUAAAAAUUUGAGUUCUCUUAAUUACUUCCAUUUCCUUCUACUGCUAUUCCUUCUGCCUUGAACGGAUCCUGUUAGGAACCUAAUUGUUUCCCACUGAGUAAGAGUUAACCUGCUGACAUUCCACUUACGUCUUGAGGAACCUGGUCUGCCUUCUGCCACCCUCCCUGCUGGCCCAGGCAAUAGGAGAAAGAGGGAGAAACCCAGAAUGCAACAAAACUAGGUUAUAUUUCAAGGUAGACUUCUGACCGUGAGAACCGGAGGGACAGUGAGAUACGUGAGUUGAAAAUAGUCAUCUUUGAGUUUAGGGAUUUUUUUUUUUUGAAUGUCAUAGUGUUGGUUUACUUUUUUUUUUGUAGUUUUUAGCUGGGUCCGGGUUUGAACCUGCCACCUCCGGUAUUUGGGGCCAGCGCCCUAUUCCUUGAGCCACAGGCGCCUCCUGAGUUUAGGGAUCUUAUGAUCCUCACAGCAUGGGAACAGGGAGAGGCUCUAGGUUUCCCAUUCCAGAUACUUUUGACAUUUUUGGAUGGAUAAUUCUAUGUAAUAAAAGUGCUGUUUUAUGCAUUAUAGGCAAACCUGAGUUAUGACAACCAAAAAUGUCUCCAGAUGUUACCAAAUGUCACUUAAGGGCAAAAUCACCUCUAGUUGAGACUCAUAACUCGAGCCGAAUAUAUUUUUCUCUUAAGUGAUUUCUACCCCACAUCCUAUCCUUGUCCCAUUAUUCACCUUAAACCUGAACCAUGGAUAAAUUAGGACCCCUUGUAAAUUAGGCUCAAUAGGGCUGCACAUCAUUUCCAAAUAAUUCUUUAUUCAAUGUAUUGUUUGUGCUUGUAUGGUGAUGGACAAAUACUAUACUUCUCCAUUCUUGUCCCCUUGAGGAGGGGUUCCUGCAGUGUGGAGACAUGAACAGGAUAGGAUUGGGAAAGGGGAGAGAAAAACAGUAGAGACAGCUCAGCUUAUCCUCCUUGAGGUAAGUUCUUUGUCCUAGCUCUAAAACCAGAUACCAAUAAAACUCAGGGAGUUUUGUCUGGAAACCAGGUCCCACUGUCCACGUGGCUGAAAAGUCUACUUUAGAUGGGAAAGCAACAUAGGAGCAGGAGGAAAGUCUGUAAGCACUUUCACUUUUCUCAGGUGUUUUUAUUCUGGCCCUUUCUUUGCAGGGUAAAAAUUAGGAAGGCAGAAUAAGACAGGUGAGCUUUUGCUCAGAGACAGGGCUGGGGUCUCCCAGCUCUGCAGCUUAUGGUAGUGGGGUCAGGAAUGUGGGAACUGGUAUCCACUCUGCUGAUCCACCAUCCAUCCGGUUUGCUCCCACCUAGAGAGGUUCUAAGUUUUUCAAAUUUUGGUGUAUUUUCUAGUUUUUCAAGAUUGAUUGUAGAAUUAUAUUCCCAAUUUACUCUCAGUUUUAGUCAAGCUAGUCGCUAUGAUCAGCAGCCUGAGUGUUAGUUAACAGGACAGAGUGGAAAGGUUGCCGACUCCUGGAAUCUUUGGUCACCAUGAUCUUCAGCUUCAUUCUAAUACCUGUUGUUUGGACAUGGUCUUCCCUUUCAUUUUUGGUGCUGGCUUGCCUUUAGCUACUUUCUCUGAUGUGUAUGCUGUCAUCACUUUAACAAUAAAGUGAUGGGAAUGGGUUUGAGAGUCUUAAUUUAUAUUAAAAAACUAUUGGACUUUUAAAUACAUUUUUCAAAUAAAAACAUUUAAGCAAAAUAGUUGCAGAAUAAUCAUUACGGUUAUAUGUUGGAUUAAAGGGUAGCUAUGGCUGAUGAAGAUAACUCUUUGAAAAUGGCGGAAAUGGAAUUUUGUACCUACACUGCCCUUUCUGAGAGGGCUAAGCACCGUGACAGCAUGGAGAAGGCCUCCGUCAUCUUUACAGGGCUUAACUACUUGUUCUUCCUAUUUCCUCUUCUAAGCAUUUAUUUGAGAUUUUUCAAAUUUUUAAGUUUCAAAAACAACAUUGGAAAGGAGGAAAAUGAGCAACACUAACUUUUUUUUUUUUUGUAGAGACAGAGUUUCACUGUAUCGCCCUCGGUAGGGUGCCGUGGCGUCACACAGCUCACAGCAACCUCCAACUCCUGGGCUUAGGCGAUUCUCUUGCCUCAGCCUCCCGAGUAGCUGGGACUACAGGCGCCCGCCACAACGCCCGGCUAUUUUUUUGUUGCAGUUUUGGCCGGGGCCGGAUUUGAACCUGCCACUCUCGGUAUAUGGGGCCGGCACCCUGCUCACUGAGCCACAGGCGCCGCCCGCAACACUAACAUUUUAUCCUAGGGGAUAGGGAGUUGGGGAAUAAGCAAGAGGCUGCUAGUAUGCAGUUCAGUUUUAGGGUUGAAGAGACUAAUGGUCUCUCCCCUGAGAUAACCUCUGUAAAAAGACACAAGACCAAACAAUGUAUUUUCCAGUUUUGUUUUUCUGUACUAAAAAUAUCUAGUGAGUGCUGGAAUUGAAAGGGUAAGAGAGGUUGAGAUGCUGACACCUCCUCUUGUGGAUGAAGUGGCCAUUACCUCCGGUUUCUGUCUAUCUGAGUAAGGAAAAAAAAAUAGAGAAAAGGGGAAAUUACAACCACAUCUAUAUUCUCCCUUCCUUGCUUCAUCUUCCCCUCCCACAAACCCUCACUCCUUUAACCCUACUGCCCCCUCACUUACACUUUUUUACGUUCAAUAAUGGUACUGGACACACAAGGAGAAAGACAGAAACCAGCAAAAUUACCAAGUAUACCCUUUGUUUAUUGUCUGUCACUCCUCCCCAAAGUUCCUGUCAUCUCUCUCAAUGAAGACCACCUUAUUAGGUCAAUUAGAACUUUUUGCAAUUCUUGGUAAAGCAAAGGACUGCCCUUCCUUGAGAAUUCUUUUGUUGUUGGGAAGAAUCUCAGAAGGACAGUUCUGGAGAGCACUGUUGUUGAACAAGCCUGGUUUAAAUCUUACUUGUGGCUCUGCUACUACUAGCUUUUGUAAACCCCAGUUUCUUCAUUUGUAAAGUGGGGAUAAUAAUACCUUGUGGGGUUCUAAGGAUUGAUCCAGGUAAAGUGCACAUAAUAGGACCUCAAAUAUUGGCUGUUGUUACUGUUAAGCUGCAUUAAUUAGGUCAAAACUAUUGAUCUCCAUAUCCAAUAAUUGUGUAGCAAGAAGUCUUAAUGUAUUUAUGAACUUUGGUCAAGGAUUGACCAAUAAGAUAUGUUGCCUAAUAACCAACCAGCAGUUGCCACAAGAAAUAAUAGGUGGGGCUCGGUGCCUGUGGGUCAAGCAGCUAAGGAGCUAGCGUGUUGGAAUCCAGCCCGGCCCACCAAACAACAAUGAUGGCUGCAACC